CCCUCUCUCCUGGAGAAACACCCUCCGAACGGUUUCUUGGUCUUCCCCCGUCGGCCGACACUUCAGUGCUUCAGCGGCUUCAGUCCUUCCUCGCGCGCGGUUGGGAGUAUGCAACCCGCCGCUCACAGCUUCUGAACCUCGCUGCAGGAGCAGCGAACACACACGAGUCAACAGGCGCCGCCUCGAUAACGACUGGUUGGCAGCAAAUCGAGAGACAAUAUGGCGACCGCCGCUAGCAGUGCGACGCGGUUCGCCCUGACGCUGCUGUGCUUCCUGGUGUCGUGCACCCUACGCGCUCGAAGCCAAAUCCUGAACCCGCCGUACUUCAACCUCGCCGAAGGCCGCAACAUCUCGGCCACGGCCACGUGCGGUGACCAAGGCACGCCGGAGCUGUACUGCAAGCUGGUCGGUGCCAAUCUGGACAAGCAGGACAACCCCAACAUCAACCUCAUCCAAGGACAGGUGUGCGACUACUGCGAUGACCCUCGGCGAGACUACCCACCGCACGUGUUCGAGGGCGACCCUCUGGACCAACGGCGCGAGCAUCCGGCACGUUACGCCAUCGACGGCACCGAGCGAUGGUGGCAGAGUCCUCCGCUGUCCCGUGGAACGCGCUUCAACGAGGUCAACCUCACCGUCGACCUCGGACAGGAAUUUCACGUGGCCUAUGUCUUCAUCAAGAUGGCCAACUCCCCUCGGCCGGGUGUAUGGGUUCUGGAGCGGUCAACUGACAAUGGCAAGACCUACAAAGCCUGGCAAUACUUUGCCGACAGCAUUGAUGACUGCAGGGCCAUCUUCGGACAAGAUGUAGAAGACUCCAUCAAGCGUGAUGACUCUGUCAUUUGUGAGACAAAGUUCUCCAAGGUGGUGCCCCUUGAGGGUGGAGAGAUGGUCAUCUCCCUUCUGAAUGGCCGUCCAAGCGCAGAUAACUUCACCUAUUCACCUGUGCUGCAAGAAUGGACUAAAGCAACCAACGUACGAAUGCGCCUCUUGCGAACGAAGACACUUCUCGGUCACCUGAUGUCAGUUGAACGUCAAGACCCCACAGUCACAAGGAGGUACUUCUACAGUAUCAAGGAUAUCAACAUUGGUGGCCGGUGCGUGUGCAACGGACAUGCUGACACUUGCGACAUCACCGACCCAGCAAACACAUACAAGCUCAAUUGCCGGUGCCAGCACCACACGUGUGGACACCAGUGCGAGCAGUGCUGCUCUGGAUUCAUGCAGAAAAAGUGGCAGAGAGCCAGCGUUGACAACCCCAACGUCUGUGAACCCUGCAACUGCUUUGGACACUCGGAAGACUGCUACUAUGAUGAAAAGGUGGAUGAACAGCAGCUCAGUUUGAACAUCCAUGGCAUUUAUGACGGAGGCGGAGUGUGCCGCAACUGCCAGCACAAUACAGAAGGCAUAAACUGCAACAAAUGCAAGCCUGGCUUUUAUCGACCCUACAACAAGCCCUUGAAUGACACUAACGUCUGCCAACCAUGCCAGUGUGACCUGACGUAUUCCUCGGGCAACUGCUCAGAAGGGUCGGGCCAGUGUGAGUGUCGGCCAGAAUUUUUGCCACCAAACUGUGACCAGUGCAAUGUGGGCUACUAUGGCUACCCAUCCUGCCGCCCUUGUGACUGUCACGCAGAAGGCACUCAGGGUCGUGUCUGUCAGGUGAACGGAGGCCAGUGUCCAUGCCGCCCUUACUAUGAGGGAAAGAACUGCGAUCGCUGUGCUCCCGGCUACUAUGGUUUUCCAAACUGCAAACCCUGCGACUGUGACCCGACGGCUGCCUUGGGCAGAACCUGUAACGACAGCACAGGGCAGUGCCAGUGCCGCAACAGCUAUGGAGGUCGUCAAUGCUUGGAGUGCCAAGUGGGCUUUUACGACUACCCAUCUUGCAAAUUGUGUGCCUGUGACACGACGGGCACUUUGGAUGAUGUUUGCAACAACCAGACUGGCCAGUGCCUGUGCAAGCCGGAAUACGGAGGCGCACGUUGCGACCAGUGUGCACCAGGAUACUAUGGCUUCCCCAACUGCAUUCCUUGUGAAUGUGACCCUAAGGGCUCCCUUAGUGAAGUCUGUGAUGCCUCUGGAAAAUGCCCCUGCCUGGCUAGUUUCACUGGACUUCAGUGUGACCAAUGCGCACCUGGAUAUUUUUCUUAUCCCGAAUGCCACCCGUGCGAGUGUGACACCUAUGGUGCUGUCGGUGUCUCCUGUGGCAAUGACGGCAUAUGCUUCUGCAAGUCGAAUUUUGAUGGAGACAAAUGCAACAGCUGCAAGAAGGGUUUCUACAACUACCCACUCUGUGAAGGCUGCAACUGCAACCCUGCUGGUAUUCUGCCUACAUUUGGUGGGUGUGGCAGCCUGACCAGUGGAGAGCUGUGCGAAUGCAAGGAACGCGUCACGGGCCGAAUCUGCGACCAGUGCCGCCCACUCUAUUGGAGCCUCAAGCCAGCUAAUCCUCAAGGCUGUGAAGAGUGUGAGUGUCACAUUCCUGGCACUGUGGGCGGCCUCGGAGUAGGUGACGGACAGAGCGGUCAAUGCCUGUGCAAGCCCAAUGUGGGUCAGCGACAGUGCACAACUUGCAUUGAUGGCACUUUCACGCUGAGGGAGGACAACUUGCUUGGAUGCCAAGACUGUGGCUGUGACGUGGGCGGAUCGGUGGGCAGCACAUGUGAUCAGCGGAACGGACAAUGCCCUUGCCGUCCACGAAUCACCGGCCGCCGUUGCUCAGAGCCUUUGCAGGCACACUACUUUCCCACAUUGCACCAGCACAAGUACGAGGUGGAAGACGGCCAUACACCAAGUGGGGUCAAUGCCCGCUUUGAUUUCGACGAGGCCCUGUUCCCAGGAUUUUCAUGGCGAGGCUAUGCCAUCUUCUCCAACAUCCAGAAAGAGAUCCUGCUUGAUCUGCGCAUCCAGAAGCCAGGGCUAUACCAGGUCAUUGCACGCUAUGUCAGCCUCAAUGGUGACAAUAUGUACUCCAACAUCACCUUCACUCCCGACUUUUACGGAGAGACCAAGCAGAGCGAGAUUCUGAUUCUGCCACCCAGCAGUGAGCCACGCUUCCAGGCUGUUGUUGGUCCUGACGGUGUAACUGCGCUACCGUUCGUGCUCAACCCUGGCCGCUGGACCCUGUCCAUCAAGGCACAGAGGCCAGUGUUUAUGGACUACAUUGUGCUCCUGCCGGAAGCCUUCUAUGAAGCCACCCUCCUUCAGGAGAAGGUCAAGCAGCCCUGCCUCCAGGGGCAGGCACCCGAAGUGGCAUGCAUCCAGCUACGCUACCCAGCACUGCCCGAUGGUGCAGUGCCUGUCUCAGCGGCUCAGGCUGGUUAUGUCGAGGACAAUGGACAGCAGAACCCCGUCAGGCUUCUGGAUGAUCAGUACAUCUUGGAUGAACUUCGCAGCGGCCCAAUGGCACAUUUGACGGAAGAUGAGCAUGCCAUGACCUUGGAACUGAAGGCCCCCUCGCCAGGACGAUAUGUGUUCCUGCUCUUCUACCACUCGCUUGACAGUAACGAUUCCCUGCCAGCGGACGUGAGCCUCUCAUCCUCUGACGCUUUGGCUACGGGAAAAGUCAAUCUGCAUCGGUGCAAGUACAACAUGAUCUGUCGACAGGUUGUUGUUGAUCACCUGAAUCGUGUGCUCGAGUUUGGGCUGAAGGAUGAUCCAGUGCGCAUAACCAUCGACCUUGGUGAGGACUCCAACAGUGAACUGGCCGUGGAAAGAAUAGUGGCUGUGCCAGCACUCCAGUGGCACACGGACUACUUGCUUCCUGGAAGGGAGUGUGUCUUGCGUGAGGGAGAGUGCCAGGGACUGCCUUUCCCUGCCUUCUCGCCUGCUGCCAAGGUUGAAUUUGAGAGUGCAGAGGAUGCCAUGGUGGCCACUGAUCUUCCAACCACCCUCAAGGACAAUGGAACUAGCCUGGUUCUUCUUGACCACCGUAAUUCAAUGGUCACCCUUAAUGACACUGUGCCAGAACCGGGGCCUUACGUCCUCGUUGCACACUACUUCCAGCCUGACCACCCUGCCUUUGAGUUGACGACCGUCCUGGAGAGCGGGGGUCACCAGCGUGACACCAGGCUGCCCCUUGAGCACUGCCCCUGGACUUCAGGCUGUCGGGCAGUGCUUCUCAACCCUCAGACAGGCACCACUGCCUUCCCCCUUGUGGACAACUUCACACUCAACUUCGAAGUGCCUGACCAGAAGUCGGUCUGGCUGGACCAUUUAAUGCUCAUUCGUGAAGACCAGUUUGACAAGUCAAUGCUGCAGCCUCUUCCCCUGGACAAGGCUGUGGAAUUCAUCAAGCAGUGUGGCCAGAACAGCCUCCACAUUAGCACCGAGACCAGUGACUUUUGCAAGGAGGCAGUGUUUUCCAUUACUGCUGAAUACAACAAUGGGGCACUUCCCUGCCAGUGCAACAUUGAUGGCUCGUUGUCUUUUGAGUGUGAGCGUUUUGGAGGCCAGUGCCAGUGCAAGGAGAAUGUGAUUGGCCGCACCUGCUCCCAGUGCCGCACGGGCUACUAUGGCUUCCCUGCAUGCCAGCCAUGUGACUGUCCCAACACUGCUGUGUGCCACCCAGUCACUGGCCAGUGCAUCUGCCCUCCGCGUGUCACCGGUGAAAAGUGUGACACCUGUGUGCCACUCACCUUCGGCUACACUCGCAUCGUGGGAUGUGAGGAAUGUAACUGCCAUCCACACGGCGUCCAAGGAGGCAACCUUCAGUGUGACCUGCAGACCGGACAGUGCAGGUGCAAGAACAGCAUUGUGGGCCGUACAUGUGAUGAAUGCAAGUAUGGCUACUGGGAUUUCCCACGCUGUCGCCUCUGCAACUGUGACCUCCGCGGAACAGGGGAAGAGAUCUGCAACCAGGACACUGCCGAGUGCUUUUGCAAG